CGAAUUUUGUCUUUUUAACUGAUUUUAGCCAGUCACAUCCAUUACAAUACAGGGCUAUUGCAAGAUUUGCCCAUCCCCAGGAUCCAAAAAGAGCACCGAGCGUGUGGAUUCGAUUCAUUGUUAUUCAACAUACUGUAUCAAGAUGUUGGCGGCAACACGACGAGAGCAACGGUGCUUCCUCCCAAUGAUGAAGCCCUCUGGUAUGCAGGGUAUUCUCUUGUUAAUCUCGAUACUGAUCCUCAUCAGUGCCCACACGAGUACGGCCUUUGUGCCGUUUCUACAACAAUCCAACCGCAACAGCAGCACGUCGUUGGGUUUCUUUGGCCGCUUUCGUCGAAAUAAUAGCCAACGACACGUCGACGACCAUUUUGACUAUACCACGAUUUCCACCGAGCUACCGCCUCAUCUGACAUCGAUUCCCGCCAUUCAAGAAUUGGAAGACGUGUUUGACGACGACACGAAUAAUUAUGUCUGCCAACACGGCUGGAUGGAUUCGGUGGAAAAAGACGGUGCCAGGUUGCAUUAUCGACGCUUUCUACCCAAAGAGGAAACAGCUGAACUGAGGGGAAUCAUUGUGUGGAUGCACGGGAUUCAAGGUUUUGGUGGUGGUGCUCACAUUGUGGAUCAUGGCAAUACUACCGUCACGAAAACCAACAUGGCGUUCAUUGCCGACCGGUUUGUGGGCGAAAAGAACUAUACCGUGUAUUCCUUGGAUCUCUACGGACAUGGGUAUUCCGAGGGACGACGGCAUUUCGUCACGUCAUGGCAAAACAAUCUACAAGAUUAUACCAAUUUUCUAAAACAUGUCGCUUCGCUGCACGACAAUGAUGAUGAUGACAGUGUACCACUGUUUUGCGCGGGAGAAUCCUACGGUGGAUGUCUCACGUUGCACUUGGCGGCACAACAAGAAGAGAACGAGGCUCUUCCACCCCAACUCGACAGCAUUUUAUUGUUGGCUCCGGCCGUUAUCGCGGCAGAUCUACCACCCGCUCCCGUCACGUUUAUUUUAAAACAAAUUCUGGCUCGAUUGGCGCCCCGUUGGCAACCCUUUUUCAUGCCCCAUCCCGUGUCACCGGAAAAUGUAUGGCGCGAUGAAACCCUCCGACAACGCAACCUCGAUCGAACGCCCGAACCGUACAUUGGCGGAUCCGGGACGCAGUUUCGAUUGGGAACCGCGGUGCAACUAUUGGAUGCACUCGAUGCGUGCCGCGACACGGCCAUUCCGGCAUUGAAAACGACACCCUUUUGUGUCGUGCACGGAGACAAUGACCGGGCUGUCCCCAUUGACGGGACCAAUUAUCUGGACGAACAUGCUCCCGUGAAAGAGCGGGCGGUACGUCGAGAACCAGGAGCCUAUCAUGACUUGUUGGCGGAUCCUGCCAAAGACAAUGUGGUGAAAUUUUUGCUCGAAUGGACCGAAGGACGCAUUGCAAAACGUGCAGCAAAAGUCAGCAGCAACUAGCUACGGUGGUACCGUACUUCCAUCCACAACGAGCAAACCUCCAGAGGGGAUCAAUGCAUCGUCGACAUUAUUUUGAGCUGGCCGACGAAACUGCACCUUGAUUAGUCAAGAAGCAGAGUAAAUAUGUAAGAAUCAAGAGACAGACUUGCUGGACUGUAGCGGGCUCCAUAUUUGCAAUGAAUUGCUUUCAAAUAGUAGUUGGCUGUUUUGGCUGGACUUUGGGAGUGGGCUCCUCCAAAUUUGCAGUGAAUGGCUUUCCUAGAAGAUGUGUUCAAAUGAUAGUUGGCUGUUUUGGCUGGACU